CAGCGCAUACGUUACGAGGAAGUCUGGAGCCAGAGUCAGUCGGUGUGAGUCUUGAGGAAGAUAUCAAGUUUCUUACAUUGAUCGCAGCAAGGAAGACACGGCGAAAACAGCGAUCAUGGUAACUGCUUUGAACAUGUCAACCCCGUAGCGCGUAUCUGGUUCCGUCUGUACAUGAAAAUUUUCUCCCGACCUACCUACACAUGCGUGAACUGCUACACCUCUUCUAGCAACCUGUAUACAAACAGGCCGUCGCAACGGUAAACACAGACCUCACCGCCUUGUUUUGACGUUCCUGUCUCACGUAUUCGCACCAACCAGAGCAGUCUCAGACACACCACCACAUCAGCCUUUGAGACAUCUCGCUUCACCGCCCCUCACCGCUCUCAGUUCAACAAGAAAAACCAACAUGUCUGCCGCGGCGGUUGACAGCGGGCGCUGGAGCGGUUCUGAGGUUGUGCUGCUCGACAUCGCACGCGACACCUGGCUUGAUCCGGACUUUCAAGACCUCAUUGUGGGAUUCCCGGAAGAGACCAAGCAAAACGCCGAUGCCCUCAUCGCUCAUGUGGAGGAUCUGACGCGUAGAGACAUCAAAGCUGUAUACCUGAAGCAGCUGCAAGGACAUCUCUGGAAGACGGGUUUUAGUGAUGGAGAUCUCAAGACUCCGCUCUUCGAAGACGUAAUACCGACAUUGGAAGCCUGGAAAGCAGCUGGUAAAACGCUGGCCAUCUUCUCGUCUGGAAGUGUGCAGGCUCAGCUGCAAUUCUUCUCGUACGUACAGGUUGGCGAGACGACCAAGGACAUCAAACCCCUCUUCUCAGCCCACUAUGACACUGUGAACGCGGGCCCAAAGCUGGAGAAGAGCUCGUACGAGAAGAUCUGCAACGAGCUUGGUCAGAAUGUGUCGAAAGUGACCUUUCUGACUGACAACGUCAAAGAAGCCGAAGCCGCAACCCAGGCAGGCGUAUAUACUGUCGUCGUCGACCGCCCCGGUAAUGCACCGCUAUCCGACGACUCGAGAGCGACGUUCAGUGUCAUACAGAAAUUGACGGAUCUGCCCUGAGACAAGCGCAUGGGUAGCAAUUAGCGGAGAAAUCACAGUUACGACUGAUUUCACAAAUACAUGCAACUUGACUCUUUCAAUUAAAACACGUAUUCCUACAUGACACAAGUACCACGCAC